CGGCGUCUGGCCAACAUGGCGCACGGGAAGCUCGUACAUAAGGGAGACCUAACGCGGGAAAAUAUUUAAUGAUUUCCGUGUGGCUGAGAGCUGACAUUGAGGUGAGUCAACCUCAGCCAACCACUCGUCCUCCCUCACUGCAACCACAGUGUAUAGUUUGGACUGCCUGCCUCUUUGACGGCGGGAACUACCAUGAUCACUCGAAUAUCUCUCCGUGCUACACUAUAAACUUAUCUCUAUCUAACCAUGCUCAGCGACCUCGAAUCAGAGAGCUCCCGCGUCCCCAGCCCUUGGGACCCCUUCCUGCCCUCUCCGCCCUCGGGCUGCUCAGCAGACAGCCUCAAGCACAUCCACGACGGCGUACCUAAGCUUCUGCCAGAAGUGGAAGAGGGUAACGUUGAGUACAAGCUCAAGCUCACCCACAUCUCCACCGCCCGCUUCGCCCGACUCGUCACCCAGCUGAAAUGGCGGCUCCUCGAGGGCGGUGGCCAGGCGUACUACGAGCUCGGCGUUGCCGACAGCGGCGCCCUCAUCGGUCUCUCGCGCGCCGACCUGGAAGCCUCCCUCGAGACCCUGGACCGCAUGGCCGGCGAGAUUGGUGCGUCCGUCAUCGUCGUGAAAGAGAUCGAGGUGCCGCCUGCCAUGUACGCCCUCGCCGAGGAGGCCUCCCGCUACAUCGAUCCUCGUACCGGCGAGUGGGCGGGCCGCAUGCAUGCUCGCCGUCGCGGCAGCCCUCUCACCGGGGCCGACGACGACACCGCGGCAACGGAGACUACAGAAACAGAAACGGAGACGGAGACGGAGCUCGACACCACGGAUAUGGACGACGACGACGACGCGAGCCCUAGCGCGUUCAUCUCCGAGCUCGCCACGCCCGCCGACUCCUCCCGCGCCUCGCCCAUGCCCGGCCUGCCCGUUCCAGACAGCUUCGUACACCGAAUUACCACACACCCUAAUCGGCCGUCCCCGCAGUCCUCCCCGUACAUCGCGCCCUUCGAUGACGACCUCGCCAUGUUCUCCAUGGAGCCCGAGCCGCCGCAUCUAGACAUCGACACUGGCCACGGCACUGCACCUGCUACCGUGCUUUCUCCUAUUCCGUUUGUAGUUGACCUUGAGAUUGCGUCCGUGUACAAACCGCGGCCUUUCAGGCGCUCGGUGCCUGUCCCGGUGCAUUCCGGUCCAGUGACGCUGCACGGACGAGCGGGGCGACGGGCUAAGUACACAGACAAGGGGGCUGGCAAAGAGAAGAAGGCUCACCCAUGGCAGACGGGCAGCACCGUGCCCACGACGCGCAAGGGAAACGCCAGUGCCGAUGCGGUCACUGGUACCAGCGCGAGCAUCGUGAUACCGAACGGAGAGGAGACGAAGGCUGCCCUUCGGAGACAGGCGCGCGAGCGGAGACGCGAGGAGAAACGGCAGGCACUGCUUGCAGCGAGUGGCUUCGCACCCUCAAGCUCCACGGCCACUAGUGCAGAGACCACCUCCCCAAUCAGACAGGACGACUCGACGAUUCUUCCCACCGCCUCUCUUAUUGGGCCCGACGACUUGACUGCAGAGGCCACAUCGGUGGCAGCGGAAGCGAUGGCGGAAGACCUCAUCUCGGGCUUGGUGUCUCUCCAUGUCGGCGUUGAACCAAGCGAGCCGGCAGACAUCGGACUGGAUGCCGUUGUGUCCAUUGUCGAGGCGGAUAGCCCAGGCACGACCACAGACGUGACCGUCGCCCAAGCCACUGCCACGGCUGUGCACGCAAGAGAGCCGCGGCUGAUCGUGGAGGCGCUCGUCGUACGUAAACAGUCCAUUGACCAGACGUUCGGGGACUUUGGCGGAUUCCAGUUCGUUUGAUGGAGACCAGCACGCGGACAAUGGAUUCUCAGUAGGCACUGAUAUUGUUACUCGCCAGUUGGCUGUAUGACUAGUCCGUAUUUCUCUGUACAUGUACAUGUACACCAAUGUGUACGCAUCUUGCGAAGCUCUCAACAACUGAUUGCUGGCC